GUGCACCAAGGGAAAGCAUAACAGAAGUUUGAGACAAGAAAAAGAGAUCAAGAUGAAGAAGCAAUUUUGUUCUUGUGCCUUUUUCCUCCUAUUUUCAAACCAAACCAAGGCAACCCUAACAGUUAACAGCUUUGAGGAGAGUUGUGACGGUGGUGCUCAAUCUGAAUGUGACAACCAGAACCACUCGGAUGAUGACCCUAUAGUGGCACUCUCAACAGGAUGGUACAACAAGGUGAGUAGGUGCCUGAACUACAUUACCAUCUAUGGCAAUGGAAGGACUGUCAAGGCCAAGGUGGUUGAUGAAUGUGACUCCACAAUGGGUUGUGAUGCUGAUCAUGAUUUCUAGCCUCCUCGCCCUCACAACAUUGUGGAUGCCUCCAAAGCAGUGUGGAGGCCCUUGGGGGUGCCAGAAAGUGAUUGGGGGAAAAUGGAUAUAUAUGGUUCUGAUGCUUGAUUAUUACCUUUCAUAUUUACAGUGUCUAGUUGGUGUUAGAAUACAAGUUUGUUCUGUAUGUCAUGUUAUAUGUAUAAUUUCAGACUCUCCGCCUCCACUCCUUUGUAUUAUGCUCUAUGCAUUUUUUAAGAAUAACGAUGAAAGAAUCAUGUCCUAAUGUAUUUGUGAUAUGAAGCAAUAAAAUUCUUCAUCUUUG